GCGUGUGCAUUUCCCGCACUUAUUUAGAAAAUGACGUACUUCCUUUUUUGUUACGCCGAUGGUAUAUUUCGCGGGAGCUGUUAAGUUCAAACAUGAAAACAACAGGGCAGUAGAGAUCACAUAAAUACGUAGCAGGCAUUAAAUCCCGUUUUCACCACGAGGAACCUGUUCGAUUUUAUGCUGUGGUUUUAAUUUUAACUGUCUUUCCUUAAAACGGUUCAAAUAGGGAUCAACAUGAGCAAGGCAAAGUCGAGAAGGGUCAUUCAGCCAAACGUCACCAGGGUGACUCGCAGUGCCAUCGCUAAUCCUCAGAUGGACACCGCACACAUUAAACCUUCUGCUUCAGGAUUGGUCAACGAUCUCAGCCUCAUGACAGUGAGUGAACAGCAGACCUCUACACGGAAAGGGAAGUCCUCAAAGGUCUGUAAUGCACCUCAUAGCACUAAGCCAGCUCUCUCCUCAUCACCUGUCGGCCCACAUGGAGCUCUGGGGACGAUAGGCAGAUUGAUGAAACUCGGCCGGGUGCGAAACAUUGUGGUGGUUGCCGGUGCGGGUAUCAGUACAGCCAGUGGAAUACCAGACUUCAGGACCCCAGGCACAGGUCUUUAUGCAAACCUCGCAAAGUAUGAUAUCCCCUACCCGGAAGCGGUCUUCAACAUCGACUACUUUUCCGACAACCCUCAUCCUUUCUUCUCAUUGGCCAAGGAGCUGUACCCCGGACACCAUCGUCCAAACUACGUCCAUUAUUUUAUCCGUAUGCUGCAUCAGAAGGGUCUGCUGCUCCGCAUGUAUACUCAGAACAUCGAUGGACUUGAAAAGUUGUGCGGUAUCCCAGAUGACAAGCUCGUGGAGGCUCAUGGGAGUUUCGCGACCGCUGCCUGUCACCUUUGCUAUACACCAUAUCCUGCCGAGGAGGCCAAGAAAGCUAUAAUGAAUGGCAACAUUCCCAUCUGUACGUUUUGUGCCGGAGCCGUCAAACCUAACGUUGUCUUCUUUGGGGAAGAUCUGCCAGAAAAGUACUUUCAGCAUGCUGAAGAUUUCCCAAAAGCAGACCUUCUUAUGAUCAUGGGCACCUCCUUAAAGAUUGAGCCAUUUGCCAGUUUGAUAAACACGGUUAAGUCCACCGUACCUCGUCUGCUGCUGAACCGAGAUCCAGUCGGGCCCUUUGAACGGAGGCCCUUGAGGAGGGGCGACUACAUGGAACUAGGAGAUCUUAUAGAUUCCGUCCAAAAACUUGCCGAGAUCCUGGGGUGGCAUUCUGAAAUCCAACAUUUGAUGAAUUGCCAUGAAAACGGGCUGAGUUGUAACACUGACCUCAACAGCAGUGAAAACAGUGACUCCUCAGAGACAGACAGCAAGAGCUCAGAGUCAUCUGCACCAAGUAACUAAUAUCAUAUACUAAUACAAUAUAUACUGCAAACUGA